UGGUCUCACUCACAAACACAAAACACUUUUUCGGUAAGUGAGAGUAGGUCGGGCUCUCAUUUGUUCCAUGGCAGAUUGAUUCUGAUGUUUUUUGUCACUAUCGUCAAUAACACUUCAGAAAAAACAGAAGUGAGAAGUUGCAUCAAGUUUCAAGGGACUCAGGAGGAAGGCACUUUAUAGUGAUUGCCUCCACGUCAAGACAUAACGAAAAGUAACCAACAUGGAUGUGGAUUAUAUUGAAUAUGAAGAUUACACCCCGGACAAUGAAACUGAGAACAACACCACACCUGGACUACUGAAUUUCAGUACUUCUCAGUCUUCUCUGACUCAUGUUCUGGUGGCAGUUAAUAUCAUUAUAGCUGUUAUUGGCCUUGGAGGAAAUUCAUUAGUGAUCUGGAUCUGUGGAUGCAAAAUGAAAAGAACGGUCAUCACCACCUGGUACAUCAGUCUGGCCAUUUCAGACUUUUUGUUCUGUUUCUUUUUGCCCCUGGAAGUAUUCUACAUGAUCACCUCACACUGGCCUUUUGGACAGGUCUUGUGCAAACUCACCUCCUCCGCCCUGUUUCUAAACAUGUACUGCAGUGUAUUUCUGUUGGUUCUAAUCAGCACCGAUCGCUGUAUAAUGAUCUCAUUUCCUGUGUGGUCACAUAACCACCGGACAGUGAAGAAAGCGUAUGGAGUUGUUGUCCUUGUGUGGCUCCUUUCUGCAGUCCUAACGGCGCCCUCACUGAUCUUCAGACAAAUCACACUCCAUGGCUCAGUCACUCAGUGCUACACCGAUUACAUGGGCCAUUCCAAACACAAGGCAGUGGUACUGACUCGAUUCAUCUGCGGCUUCCUGAUUCCUUUCCUAAUGAUUGUGUUCUGCUGCUCGGUGCUUGGUGUGAAGCUGAGAAGUUUGACCAUCAAGUCAACAAAGCCUUACAAAGUCAUGGUAGCGCUCAUCUUGUCAUUUUUCUGCUGCUGGGUCCCCUAUCAUAGCUUUGUUCUUUUAGAGUUAGACUUGAAGAACCACAGCCUGGAAGUCCUAAAAACUGGCCUGAAGGUGGGGGCCACCCUGGCUGCAGCAAACUGCUUCAUAUCCCCAGUUCUCUAUGUGUUCAUUGGUAAUGACUUUAAACAAACCCUAAAGCGAUCUUUGACAUCAAAGAUAGAGGAGGCAAUGGCGGAGGAUUUUCGUACAGAUCUCAAUCGCUCAAGGUCUAAGUCAAUGGAAGUUAUCUAAAGUCAAGGUGAAACCUUUAUCAUCAAUGACAAGGAGUAUUUCACAGUACAGAACAUGAUUGUAGAGCUUGGCGAUAUUGACAAAAUCAUAUGUCAUGGCAUGUUUAAACUCUGAUGUGUAUAGCAGGCGAUUGUUUAUGUCUCUAUUGAUGAUUUAUUUAACAUGAUGAUAAAACCUCAUUAAUUUUUUACACAAUAUCAAAUUUGCAUUUCACAAUGGUCACAUUUGUUCAUCUGGAAUAUGUUGGUCAGAAAUGGAUUGGCCACUGACAUGGAUUAAUGUCUUUUAACUUUUAAAAAAAUCUUAACACUCAAAUAUUUUGUAUUUUUAGAUACUUUUUAUGUGUGUGAAUGAAUUGCUUGUGCGUUUGUCUGCUGUUAUGUUUGAAAACCACCUUGCUUCAAAUUUCCCCUUGCGGGACAAAUAAAGUAUUUUGAAUUGAAUAAAAUUGAUCAUUUACAAUAUAUUAAAAUUUGGUUGAGCUAACUGUGAACUAAAUUAUAAUUGAAGUGAAACAUUCAUGUGGCCAUCAAAAACUGUGUGCCUUCUUUUAAAUGUUCUUGAAAAACAAAUACCUUUAUUCUUAAUCUUGUUAUUAGAAACUGAUAUUUAAAAUUUCUAAAGGGAAGUAAACGAAUGAACAUACUUACAUUGUUGUAACUUCCUUCUGCAAAGUUCUACUUCGAACUUCCUUCUGUAAAUUUCAAACUUCCUUUGAUUUAGUCCUACUAGCAAGCAGUAGCCCCACUGUUGUAUAUUAUUGUUGUAUUUGUUUUAUUAUGUUUUAUUUUAAAUUUAACAAAACACAUUAAACCUGCUCUUAUUAAUAUUUCUAUAUUAACAAUGGAAAAAAAUUUAUGAAUGUGAGAGGAGUAGCUAGUAGUGACAAAUUAUCACCUGACUCUGCAGUUCCCCUCAGAGCUUUUCAGUGUCUUUUAGCUCAUUGUUUUGAUAUUGCUGUUUGGUUCACUUGCAUCCACCCUGUUUCCAGCCGCAGCAGGCAGCUGUUUUCUGCGAAAAAGGUGGUGAACACAGUGGAUGUUUUAGCAAUUAAAGUGGCAAAAGAGGCUAAAACAUAGCUAAAGUGAGUGAAUACUGGACUUAAAUUCGCCUGGUGGACAGAAACACGACUCUAAAUGAAUGAUAAUGUUGCUCCGUGUCUGCUGGAUGUGUAAAAGAGGCAGCUGUUUCCUAAAAUGUUCGCCAUUUCAACUUUAUGUCAAUGUUGUUUAUGUUGGUGGAGCUUCCGUUCGUGGGCACCUGAUAGGCCUGACUGAGGGCCACAGAAUCCCAGGCGCAGCAGUAGCCACGCCCCCUGCCUCCCCCAGGAUCUACUACCGGUUAAACGGUGUGAUGCAACCAGCACUACAAACCCCCAUCCACUGGGCCUCCUAUAUACUUAUUUUGAAGCGCUGGGUGCCAGCGGAGACACGCUGCCUGCACCUUCUUGUUGGGUGGAUCUGUCUUUAAAUGGCCACCGCUGCCCCCCCUCCAGCCUUUGGCUCAAAUGCGGCCACUGAAAACCUAAGUCCCGGAUCCAGCGGCUCGACUGCAGCCGACAGUGGCAACCAGGACAGCACUUUCGAGUGUAACAUAUGUUUGGACACCGCCAAGGAUGCAGUGAUCAGCCUGUGUGGACACCUCUUCUGUUGGCCUUGCUUGCAUCAGUGGUUGGAGACCAGACCCAACAGACAAGUGUGUCCAGUGUGUAAAGCUGGCAUCAGCCGAGACAAAGUUAUCCCCUUAUAUGGGCGGGGAAGCACAGGUCAACAAGACCCCAGAGAAAGAACACCUCCUCGACCACAAGGGCAAAGGCCUGAGCCAGAAAACCGUGGUGGCUUUCAAGGGUUUGGCUUUGGAGAUGGGGGUUUCCAAAUGUCGUUUGGAAUCGGUGCCUUUCCAUUUGGUAUUUUUGCUACAGCUUUUAACAUCAAUGAUGGAAGACCUUCUCCAGCGGCUCCUGGGACACCACAGCACAUGGAUGAACAGUUUCUGUCUCGACUCUUCCUGUUUGUCGCUCUGGUGAUUAUGUUUUGGCUGCUGAUUGCAUAAAUGCACGGAAAGACAACAUCUUGGGGUAACACAAGAGAUUUGACAGAGAUGCGACAUUAUGACACAUCAUCACGGUUUGCACCAAUGGGAUUCUGCCUUUUUGGUUCCUUGAUUUUGUUUCUCUCUCCUUGACACAAAGCCAUGUCAGUUUUGAAUGAAGGAGGUUUUUCCAAAAUAAAGAUAUCCAAGGAUAACAAAUUUCAAGGUGAACCACAUAACAUUGGUUGCCUAAUGUUUUAACUCAUUAACAGUUACAUAGUGUGCUUGCAAAGCAGCACACCAAAAUUCCUUCCUUGUAUUUCCUUCAUCCAAACUUCAGCAGCUAACGUCUUCAAACAUCAUGCUGCCUGAUACGACUCUCUCUGUUGUUGGUCUUUUUUUUAUCAGACGCAUACAGGAGGUUGUUCAGGUGAGAGAACGUGGAGAUCAUUCUCGGUGCUCUUUUAUUGCAUUCUGACUGAAAUUAGGUUUUUUGGAGUAUUGUUUUGCUACUAUUGCUGUAUUUAAAGAUAUACUCUGCCAAACAAACUAAGACCACCAGUGCCCUGUGCUCAUUAAAUUGGAUUUAUAUGGUCAUUUCCUUUUUGCUUAUAUUUGGCCCGUUACCCUCCUUGAUCCCUAUAAACUUUUGGGGUAGCUGUUACUGUAAAUUAAUUUUAGUCAGUUAACAUUAACAAUGGUUCUGUUCUAUUCAAGUGUCCCAGUAAGACAGCCAUCAUUCAUUUUAUUUACACCUGUGCUUUUCCUGCUGUGACAUGUCAAAAUGUCCUAUUCAUACAGGCCUGCUGAAUACUCGCAUGUGUCUCCUUCACGUUGUCUCUCUGUUCACUCGUACUAAGAAUGUUGUUUUUAUUUAGCUGUACCUGAUCUUACAAAUGAUGCAUCUCAUUGGCAAAAUUUACCAAAAUCACACACUUUUUGUGGAAUCAAAACAAUGUCAGGCAUUGUCUUUAUUUUAGAUGAGAUUAAAAAGAAAUGUGUUGAUGCAUGUAAGCAGUUGAAAGAUAAGAUUAAUUUAUGAAACAGUGUUCCUCUCCAAAUUGGAAAGUCUUUUUUCCUCUCAGUUUUCUGUAUGUCACUGUAAUUAAAUGUAAGAUACUGUAGUUUACAGAUUUAAAAUGAAGAUUGGUGGGUUGAACAUGAAACCACUUUUCUAAAUGUGAAUUCACUCUUGACAGUAAAGCUGUGUAAAUAAAGAUGUUAAUCAUA